GCUCUUCACCAACGAGCUUACGAUGCCACCGAUCGCGAAUUCCUAUUUCACGUUGUGGACGUUCUUAUAGCUGCGCGACUGGAUCUUGAAAGAGUGCUCGUGCGCUAUCCCGGUCUCUAUGUCCAAUUAGCGCGUUUGGUGACCACUGGACACCUUUUUUCCCCCCAGACGCCUUCGAAUUCAGCAGUACUCAGUCGCCAUAGUCACUCAGCGCAUUCCUCCGGAAUCGCUCCGCGCCAUCGUAGUUACUCCGCCUCCCCUGCCGUCACGAUGACACCACACGCUCACCGAGACUCCUCCGCCCACCACCAUCGUUCAUCUACACCCCCGCCACAGUCACCCCUGAUUACAGCAUUGACAGCUGUAUUCUGUGCUGGCGGUGGUUCCGGGGGGAGCUAUGUGGUGACCACUGCUGGUAGUGGCACGCCAACAGCAACAAUUCCUGAAGAAGAGCAUCCGGAAUCAGUGAUGUCUGCUUUGAUGGGUGGAGGCGUGUACAGCGCGAUGACACAGGCUAAGUUGGAGGAAUUGGAGCGACUGACUGGUGGGAAAGAACGUUUCCUUACAGCGGCUGCUGGUAUUGCUCUGGGAAAGUUUGUCAUGGAAGGCCGUCUAAUGGUAAAGGAUGAGGGUAAGCGAGCGGCUUCCGAGCGUCAGGCCUACCUCUUCACAAAUUGCCUCGUUCUCUGUAAACGCCUCGAGCGUAGAUCCACGUUGGCGCCCUCCGUGGUGGGUGUUGUGGGUGCGCAGCCGCUGUUGCGAGUCAAGCGCCGUCUUCCACUGGAGGCCAUCCAUGUCGUUGACUUGACUACCUCCAACCAACCGCAGUUCGAUUCGUAUGCACACCCUAGUAAUUCUUUCGCCGAAUGCGCCACUGGUGGUGUUUGUGCACCUAGAACAGUCACAGAUUCCAACCAACAGGCAGCCUUGGAUGGGUUGGAUCAGUAUUCUUUCAUUCUCGAAUUCCUUGACACGAACCAACGUCAGCUCUCUGCUACCCCGGAAGGUUAUGGUAGUGGCGACAGCGGCAUCGGUUGUUCUACUGCUCCCGGUGCACUUUCUAACCAUCUGCUUCUCAAUGUUGAUGAUCCGCCACUUGGAGUACAGUUCCAUUGUCUCCAUUUGGAGGCUCAGUCCCCUGAAGAGAAAGCUGAUUGGAUGGCCUCACUUUUAAGUAUCUCAACUUCACGAUUCUCUCAACCCGACACCCCGUUCGUUAUUGUUUUCGAACCACCAACUGGAAAGGAGCUCUCCAGUAGUAGUAGCACUAAUCUGCGCCUACUUCAACCUCCACCCUCUCCCAAAAUUCGCUCUUCCUUCACGGCAACAUCUGCUGAUGAUCACCUAGACUCCCUCGACGUCGUUGUUGUACCCACGGAUGAUCUAGAAGACGACGUCGAAGUGGUUGAUGUUGAUCUCUUUUCGCGGAGCCCCACCGACGAUGAGUCCUUCGGUGGUGUUGCAUUCGACGAAACCCCUUCUUUCCCCCUUCCUGCUUCCACAUCCUCGCGCAUCCACUCACCCCAUCUCAGUCCUCAAGUCAUCACACCAGCGACGGGGCCGAACCCUCCCACACACCCUGGACCCCACCGACCUCAGAUUCAGUUCGCCACUCUUGAGAAACUCAUUGAGCGACUCACCUAUCCUACCUACUUUGAUGCUGUAGGUGUAAACGCCUUUCUUCUCACAUACCGGCGGUUCAUUACUCCAGAGCAAUUGCUGGACCUUCUCGUGGAACGUUUUAAUGUCCCCAAUCCUGAAUUUUCUGCGGAGGAAUGUGAGGCAGAGGGUGUGGUAGAGCGUAUGAUGCGUCGCUUCCGUUCGGGCUAUAAAAGGCGAGUCCAAGCGAGAGUCAUCACCUUUCUCUCACUGUGGGCUCGAUCACCUCGAUACUUUGCCUAUGAUUUUGCACCUAAUGCAGCCUUACGCGCUCGACUUGCAACCUUUCUGGCGAGUGUGAGUGUUCGUUGCUUAUUACCAGCAGUUCAAGCCAUCGAACAUCGUCUUGCCAGGGUUGAUGUCACCACUCCGGAGCCUUUAACUUUGAGGCCUGAGGUCAGAUGUGGAGCGCAGCAGCACCCCCUCCCUCUUAACUUAGCGGAGGCCACCACCGAACAUUCUGCGUCUGCGACGCCUCCACUCUCUCCAUCGCCGUCUGAAACCCAACAGCCUCAGAUUGAUUUGCUCCAGAUACAUCCCCUCGAAUUGGCCGAGCAAGUCACUCUGCGCGAGUUCGAGUUUUAUCGACGUAUCAAGUUCUGGGAGGUGGAUGGACGCAAUCGGUCUCCGCAGGAUUCACCAAAUCUCACCGCCUACAAAGAGUUCUCUAAUAAGUUUCGAAAUUGGUUGGUCCAUUCUAUCCUAUCGGAGCGUCACCCAGAGGACCGUGUGGUCGCAAUUCAGCGCGUUAUCGAUCUGAUGCUCAUUUUCGAGCACCACCGAAAUCUCCAGGGCUACCAGGAGGCCAAGGCUGCUCUCUUCUCAGCUUCCGUCUUUCGGCUAAAGAAGGCUUUUCAGGCUGUCAGUCGUGUCCGUACUUACCGUGAUUUGGUUCGGCGCCUGCGUUUCGAGGGUCAAGGCCUGGCUCGGCGGUCAACAAAAUCGUGUCGCGCCCCAGAUAGUGGUGACACGCAUCACAUGCCCACACCAGCAUCUUCCCUGUCGCCUUGCGUUCCCUACAUUGCCAGGGGUGUCAUCACGCCCCUCAUACACCUUGAGGUACGACACCCAGACCGAGUUAACAUCGACGGUGCCCCCGAUGAUAGCGCCGACGUUCUUAUAAACUUCUCCAAGCAGCGCCGACUAGCAGAGAUUGUUGAGAACUUUCUGUGUCAUCAGCGCAUACCCUACGCCUUCCCCACGAACCCGAAACUGCAACGGGCCCUUGCUGCAUCCCUCGACAUUUUUGAAGCCGAUGAAAGAGAUUUCGAAGCUAGGAUGUUCGCGCUCUCAGAGGUCUAUGAACCGCGAGAGACCUCCUCAGAGCCUCUCCAUCCCACACAGGAAGUGGAGCGACGGUUGGGAAAGGAGGCGAUUCAGGCGGCCAGCUACUUGGCGGGUCUUCCACUGCGAGAAAAGCUGUCGCACGACCACGUGGCUUCGUACAAGGCGCAUCUUUGUCCACGCCAGAGAAAGUUCGACCGGAGGGCGUCUUCUCCGCGACUGUCUUGUCCCCCGACGCCUUCACCACUCCCUUCAGACUCGGCAUCCCCGGAGCAGCGUGUGGUUGCGCUGUGGACCACUCGCCUCCAGCAGCACCGCGCCGGCCAGCAGCACCAAACGUUCGGCACCUCCUCGACCGUCCGGCCCUUCUCCUCGCCAUCCGCUGGUCCCGCCACUGAAGGUUCUCCUUCCCUCUCUCCCACUUGCACGAUAGCCCUUAGUCUGCUUCAUUGUCAUAGCAUUUCUGAUAGCCAAAUGGAGAACUUGAGCAACAGUCGUCUGGUUUCAUGCGGUUCAUCUGGGUCAGGCGAAAAUCUGCACGACAUUCCUGCCUUACCUCCACCACCCCUAUCGGAGGGUUCUGUCCGCCGUCGUCCACCGCCUCCCCCAACAUCUCCGAUCGCCGCACCACCUCCACUGCCCCCACCGCGGCGUCAAAGCAAUUGUGCUCCUUCGUCUCCCACAUCGGCAUCACACAGUCCCAGUCCGCUUUUUCCUUUGAUGGCUCCACCGCCGCCCCCACAACAGUCGAUCGAGAUCGCGGACGGGAGCCUGCCUCCCCUCCCACCCAAACCGGGACAGCGGACGCCUACGAUGACGGCGGUUGUGGUCGCGCUUUCUCCCCCUGCGUCGUCGACCUCCCACCCAAGACAGUUUUUUGACGCUCAUUCAGACACCGUGACACAGACACCGCCGUUACCGCCACGACAACACAUGUCUUGUCAGUGA